AUGGAGGUGGACGAAUGGCCCACCGAGCACUACUCGGACAUUGGUGGGUUGGACAAGCAAAUCCAGGAACUAAUUGAGGCCGUCGUGCUGCCGAUGACGCACAAGGACAUGUUCAAGAACCUGGGAAUUCAUCCGCUGAAGGGAGUGCUGCACGCUUUCGUAAAAUUUCUGAGCCACGGCGCCGAGAAAGCGCUCAACCAGGCCCUGACCGAUCAUUCCUCGAUUGCACACGACGUUAAGUCGGCGUUGCGUGACAUCGGCUGUAAGGUGUACCUGGAAGAGGCGUGGACAGCACACUCGGUCAUCCAGAACGAGGAGGACUCGGAGGACAUCGGCGCCUUUCCGAAGGCCAAAGGACCAAAGGCAUCGAAACCGCAUUUAAAAAACUGAACAAAA